UAGUUAUAAUUUAGAAAUACUAUUCAAAUCAAAUUGAAUUGUUUUCGACACAAAUGAGACACAAAUUGUCUAUAAAUAGUAUAAAUGAGUGAUAGAUGUCGUUAUGAAUGUUAUAUAUAAUGAAUGCGUAUAUAAUUGAUGUCAUGAGUGGCGACAACUCACGGAUCCAAUCGAUUCAAGUAAUACUCAAAAAGCGUGGAAACCAUUGCUAUAGUCUAUAGUUAACUGACUAUACGUUAAUUGACCUCAAAAUUCAAUUUACGUUUCAAUUAAUUUCGUAUUUUUUUUGACAAUUAAUUCAUUUGAAUGAACACUACAUUCAUUGGGCAAACAUUGAGUGCAUCGACUCAUUGGACACGUAAUACAUGUGCGACACUCUGUGUCAACAAUAAUAUAUUACCGAAGAUAAUGACCACCGAUUGUCACCAGACUUAGAGUGACCACAAAAAGAUUACUUUUAAUUGUCACCGAAGUCUUCGAUAUGGAUAGCAGUCAUCAACACAGAUAUGACACAACUGUCAACACAUUGACCGCAACGACAACAAAGACACAAAUCGGUAAUAAUAGUCUUCGUGUCUAUCGAUUAUCACCCGAUAAGACACAGCAUUUGACACUUAAAAAGAGUACACAAAACGAUGGCCAGAUUACCGACGGAUCGACAACCAAUGGCCACAAGAAACGGUAUUUAGUGUCACACAAGUCGGGUGUCAUCUAUCAGAUCCUCGACAAGACUCCUCUGCCUUUUAUGCCAUUACUCAGUCGUGAAGUACGUGAACCCGAGUGCGACCUCAUCAGUGAUGACCAAUAUUUUAAAUAUAUCGGACUCAUUGAUAAGCCAUCGCUUAACACAAAGCCUAAAACAGAGCUCAAUGUGUGGCCACUCAGAGAUAUCUCGAAGAAUAAUACAAAGUUGACGUAUAAUCCGUCCGAACAUUUAGUAUUGACUGACUUAUUGCCGACUACUGUCUACAACAACAUCAAUGAAACUGACAAUACUAGAGACUGGAAUCAACAACAAGUUAUGGAUAAAAAAAAUGAUAAAAAUAGUCGCAAACGUCAACUGAGAAGUUUCCGAAAGGAUGCGACAAAUUUGAUAACAAAUUUUGAUUUGGCCUCAUAUAUGGGUCGCCGUAUAUAUCGGUCAUUAUUUCGGCCAAUUAGUAGUGUUGAAAAAUAUAUGAUAACAAUUAGUUAUGAAAACUAUUGCAUUUGUGAUAAAUAUUUAAUCAAUGUCUCAAUAAUGAGUGCCAAUAACGUUGUGAUGAAUAGUGUGGUUCGUUACUCAAGAAGUUUACGCCAUUAUCAUCACAGUUAUUGCUUUAAUCGAAAACAACGACACGACAAGUGGCAGCUGUUAGAGACCGGAAUCAAUAAAAGAUCACAACUACUGAUGAAACGUUGCAAACGUUUGUGUCUUAGACUCAAUCGGAUUCAAAUGUGUCCUCUCUGUAGAAACACUGUUGACUUUGAACCACGACAUCAGUGUUGGGAGUUUGAACCUCAUUUGCGACCAACAAGACUGAUAUCAUUACUUCAAUCACAUAAUCACUGUCCAAAUGAUGAGCUUAUUGUUGUUGGCGACGAUUUUUUAAGUGUUGACACCAAUGAACAACAUAUGAAUAGGGUUUCCAAUAUUUGUAUUACCGGUAAUAAUAAUAAUAAUAAUAAUAGUGUUAAUAGUAAUCAUCAAAACAAUAUCAAUAUUAACGAUGAAGUGAUAACAGCUGAUGACAGCAGUGACGACGAUAUCAUGAUUAUCGACGAAGUGAUUAGAUAUCCCAUCAGUACUGUCAACAACCAUAAGAUGUCAUCAACUGAUUCAGUCUUAAAGAAAAUUUUGACACAAAUGCAAGAAUUAACUUAUUUUGAGUUCAAUUUAGAGUACUUCGAGAGUAUAAGAGGUGAUAAUGAAGAACAGUUGGAGUAUUGUAGUAAUGGCUGA